AUGUCCAAACGUGUAUUCAUUACUGAUUUUUUCCGUAACAAGUCUGACUCCAAUAAAAAAAUAAAGGUAGUGAAUAAAGUUAAAAAUGAAAAUUUAGUCUCCAAAGCUCAGACUGUAGUUGAAUCUGGGAAAGAAGUUAGUGAUCCUGUGGAAUAUGACCAACGAAACGAGAAAGUUCAAGAAACCACCAUAUCUUCAACUCCUAGUGAUAGGCUACUUGAAUCUGGAGGGUAUGCUGAUUUCUGUAAGGAGCACCACUUUGAUAAAGUUGCAUGGAUCAAGUCAUUGACAGUUGAGCAACGUGAAAUCUUACAACUAGAGAUUAAUCAUUUACAUAUAACGUGGCUUGCUUUUCUUCACAAAGAAUUAACGAAACCAUAUUUCAUAGCUUUGAAAAAGUUUUUGAAAUCCCAACUGAACAAGACUAUUUUCCCGCCUAGUGACAAAAUAUAUUCGUGGUCACAUUUGACUCCAUUACCGAAUGUCAAGUGUUUAAUUUUAGGCCAAGAUCCUUAUCAUAAUUAUAACCAGGCCCACGGGCUUGCAUUUUCAGUAUUGGAGCCGACCCGGCCACCACCAUCUUUGGUGAACAUUUACAAGACAUUAGCAAUUGAUUAUCCCCAAUUUCAAAUUCCAGAUUACAACAAAUUAUCAAAAGAGGGCAAGCCCGGUGGGGGUAAUUUGACAAAAUGGGCUGAAAGAGGGGUAUUGAUGCUAAAUGCGGUUCUUACAGUUGAAGCACAUAAAGCCAACAGUCAUGCUAAUCAGGGAUGGGAAUUAUUUACGGAACAAGUAAUCAAGGUCGCCAUUGAUUAUCAUAGCAAAAACAACAAGGGUUUUGUUAUUAUGGCAUGGGGAUCUCCUGCCCAGAAAAGGGUCGCAAAAUAUAGCAAACAGCUAAGUGAUAGCAAUCAUUUUUUGGUUUUGCGAACUGUUCAUCCUUCACCAUUAUCUGCUCAUAGAGGGUUUUUUGAUCUGAAGGUUUUUUUCAAAUGUAACGAAUGGCUAGCUAAACAUAAAAAAGACAAAAUCGACUGGGGCAUUAUUGACGGGAAUAUAGUAGAAUGA